UGAAAGCAUGUCAGCCUGUGCAGACAUCACCUGUGGGAGGGUUUUAAAACGGCAUGAAUGAGUGUCUCACCUGCAAACAUUAUUGUCAAAAACUUUUCACUGAGAGGUCUGGCCAGGUAGCUCCUGAACUGCGCAAUAUUUUUGAUUCGAUGAGACAAUGGACAAACAGGACUUUCGCGAAGAGAAACUGGACAUUGUGGAUCUAACUAGGGACUCGUCCUCGACCAUGUCUAAAGGCUACGCAGACAUUUCACACAGCGACGCGAACGCUGAGGAUGACACUGACGCGACGAGAGUGGGUCAGUUAGAGAAGCCCCCAUACUCUUACGUUGCUCUCAUUGCCAUGGCCAUUAAGGAUAGCCGAGAGAAGAGAUUGACCCUAAGCGGAAUUUAUCAGUUCAUCAUCUCCACGUUCCCCUACUACGAGAAAAACAAGAAGGGGUGGCAGAACAGUAUUCGGCAUAACCUCAGUCUCAACGAGUGCUUUGUGAAAGUGCCCAGGGAAGGUGGAGGUGACAGGAAAGGGAAUUUCUGGACUUUGGAUCCUACAUUUGAGGACAUGUUUGAAAAAGGGAACUACAGACGUCGGAGAAGGGUGAGGAGACCGUACAGACCUGCUACCGUUCCUUACAUUCCCGGGAACACCUGCAUUGACUAUCCGGAGCCCUUAUACCUGCAGCAGAAACCUGUCUACGUACAAACGCCGUUUGUCAAUAACCCCUGGACCCUCUCCCAGCCAAAAUCACCUCAAGCCACCUCAUACAGUUACCCACAGCCGCAAUCCAUCAACGGACACGCAUGCCCUCUGUCUCCAAAUGGAUACACCAGCUCCCCGGUCACAUACUACCACAACCAUCAGUUUCACGCCACCUACAGUGCUUACCACCGACACGCGUCCGUCAUGGUGCCACACAAUGGAUACCCUUACGGUGGGAUGAGCCAGCCUAGUUUGAGCCCCAGCGGUAGCUCGACUUCUACGAGCUACCCCCAGUUUUCCUAUGCUAGACAACCAGAAAUGUCACUUCUGCACCCAUUUGAGUAGGCUGGAGAUGUUGGGCCAAGGUUUGAAAAUGUUUGAAUGGAUGUUUUUUUACUAUUUCGGUUGUCAUUUGUUAAAAAAAGUAAUAGUUGUGCAAAUCUAGACAGCUCGUUGUUUUGUUAUGUGAUAGGAUUUUAAUACGGAGUAUUACUCCAGUGUUUAAUCACAUUUGUACCGAAGUAUUGCAACCCGUUUAGUUUUUAAAAAUAUGUUUAUGUAUUCAAUACCGAGAUUUUCUCCAGAGUUUAAUCAGUUGGAUCGAAUUACUGCAAUCCGCUAGUUGUGUUAAUAUGUUUAUGUAAAAAGGUAUUCGGAUAUACAUGCAGUUAUAGUGACUAUUAGUGUUGCAACAUUGGACAUUCAAGGUUUUCUGCAGGUCAGAGCGGAAUACGUAGGGCCUGGCUUUAGUAUUUCCCACCCCACAAAACUGUUAAGAAAUAGAUCCGAUCACGCGUUAUUACAGGUAAACAACGUCUAUAGGCUUAUUGUUAAUGUUAUUUAUUUCAUAUAUUUUUUAAAUCAAGUACGUUUUAAGUUGGAAGGUAAUCCUACAAAAAAAUCUUUAAAGCAUCUGAGUUCACUGAAUGUUUUUAUUUCAAUAAAUGUUAUUUUUGCAUAGA